AUGUCCUACUACGAUGUCGACGCCAUCUUGACCGACUCCCAGAAAUUGCCAUGUACAUUCGAGCUGGACGUGCCUGGACUAGGCUACCUUGAAGGCAAUGUUGGCGGAAUGGUCAAAGCCGGUACGAAAAUCGAUCUGCCCAUGUGGCUAGGGAUCAUGUUGGCCGUGUCAACGGGAAACGCACCUGAUUCCUCGCAGCUCGUGACGCUGGACUUUCCCACGCCGCUACAACAGCGUGUGAUCAACGCCUUGAAGGCGGACCCCAGGACAGUCGACCUGCGCGCUCAAGCACCACAUUUCUACGCCCUCGGGGCGCGAAUCAUGGAGUUAUUUGACGAUACAGCGGUAUUGGAUACGCUGAUAAAUACGUUCAAGAUGCGAGCCGCGGAAAUUGCAGACCAGGCGCACAAUCCGCGCGGGGCGCUGGGCGACGGAGCCGAGUUUUUGAGAGGCUUGGACGAGACUGAGCGUCAGUUGUUCAAGGCUGCACAUGAAGGGCCUAAAGCGGUCAGGGCCUGGACUCAGGAUUUGAAGAAGAUUACGUGA